UGACGGCAGUCAGCGGACCCUCUACCUCCACCGAGUUCACAGUCCAUCCUUCAGCAGCCCUUAACACCUGUUAAAAACAUAUAUUUAUACAUUCUCAGUUGAGUUUUCUACUUAUCGACAAUGGCUGCCUAUAAACUGGUGCUGAUCCGUCACGGGGAGAGCAAUUGGAACCAGGAGAACAGGUUCUGCGGCUGGUUCGAUGCGGAUCUGAGCGUGACCGGGGAAAAGGAGGCCAGGAGGGGUGGACAGGCCCUGAAAGAUGCCGGCUUCGAGUUUGACAUCUGCUACACCUCAGUGCUGAAGCGGGCCAUCAGGACACUGUGGCUGGUCUUGGACGGCAUCGACCAGAUGUGGGUACCCGUGCAUCGGACCUGGCGGCUCAACGAGCGUCACUACGGAGGCCUGACCGGGCUGAACAAGGCCGAGACGGCUGCCAAGCACGGAGAGGCCCAGGUGAAGAUCUGGAGGCGCUCCUUUGAUAUCCCCCCUCCUCCCAUGGGCCCAGAGCACGACUACUACACUAUCAUCAGCAAGGAUCGUCGCUAUGGAGACCUAACGGAGGACCAGCUGCCUUCCUGUGAGAGCUUGAAGGACACUAUUGCUCGAGCUCUGCCUUUCUGGAACGAGGAAAUUGCUCCUCAGAUCAAACAGGGAAAGAGAGUCCUCAUUGCCGCCCAUGGAAACAGUCUGAGGGGGAUUGUCAAGCACCUGGAGGGAAUGUCAGAUGAAGCCAUCAUGGAGCUGAACCUGCCCACAGGAAUCCCCAUCCUUUAUGAACUCGACAAGAACUUGAAGCCCGUGAAGCCCAUGCAGUUCCUGGGAGACGAGGAGACCGUACGCAAAGCCAUGGAGGCUGUAGCUGCUCAGGGAAAGGCCAAGAAGUAAAG